AAAAACCAGACAUGAAAGAGGAAAGCUUUAAAAAUCAGAACAGACGGUGUUUUUUCCUCAGAAUUCUCCUCUCUCUCUCUCUCUCUCUCUCUCUCUCUCUUCUUUCUCUCCGUCGUCGCUCUCUUGCUGUGGGUUGCCUGGAGGAUUCUGCUGUCCGUUGCCGUGAAGCGGCUGCCCCGGCAUCGUCCGGUGCGGUAAGAUUGCCCAAAGAUCAAACCUUUAGCUGUUUCUGUGCGGAGAAUUCCAGGGAUUAUCCGAAUUUCGAGGGUUUUGGAUCUUUCCCGCUUCAGAUCUGGUGGUUGCCGGUUCGAGGUUUUGAUCGGGAGGGUGUUCUGGGGUUGCUGGGAGUGGGGAUUGAGAUGAAUUCGGAAGCUUAGGGCCGUUGGGGCUUUAAUCCAAUGCCUAUGGAGGAGAAUUUGAGAUCCGGGGAUCGGUCGGGGAUUGUGGUGAAGAAGAGGAGCUCCUCGGGGUGCUUGAUUGUGAGGAAGAAAGGGGAUGCGGUGUGUGGCAGCGGUUCUUCGGGGUCUAGGAAGGGUUUUGCUGUUAAGAAUGAGAGGAAGAGGCCGAGGCCACCGGUGAGCGACUCGGAGUCGAGCAAGGAGGAUCUCCCCUUGCCCCCACCUCCUCGCAGGGGAGUUGCUGCCGAGACUAUUCGUGUCUGUAACGGUUUGACUGUUCCAGGUAAGCAUAUCGCUGGAGACAGCGAGUUAACUAGCUGGAACGGGGAGGAGAAGAGGAAGAGGAAUAAGUUGGAUGUGUUUGAAUUUGAUGAGUAUGAUGGGAUUGACGGGGAAAUUAUGAUGAGGAGGAAGGGUGAUGGGGGUGGGAUUGGAAAAAGGUUCAUGGGGUCAACCUCUUUAACUAGGAGUGGCUGUGGAAUGGAGUUUGAGAGUGGUACAAGUAGGCAUGCUGUUGUUGCGAGUAGAAGGAGCAUGUACUUUGACAGAGCAGGGAGCUUAAGCGGUGAGAGGAAGCGGGAUGUAGAAAGGAUUCCUCUCUCUGUUAUGAGAGAGGAAUACAUGAAUAAUUCCGAUAAGCCGAUUCGGGUCCAGGGGAAAAAUGGUGUUCUGAAGGUGCACGUGAACAAGAAGAAGAAACUAGGUGGUUCUACAAGUGAUUAUGAUUGGAAGAAUGACGAUAAUAGGAAGAGCUCCAGGUAUGACGUCAUAAUUAAGAAGAAUGCAGGUCUUUUGGCCUCUUCUGCUGAUGAACACGGAUAUGAGAAGCACAAGCCCUUUUCAAGAAUGCAGAAAGAUAGGCUGAAUAGGCAGAAAUUUGUGCCAACUGAGACCAAUGAAUCUUCUGAAGAAGAUUUGGGGGAUAGCGACAUGUUAUUGAAGCAGAGAUCUGAAGAAGCUGCCAGGAAAAAUGUUAUAGUAUAUUCCUCGAGGGCAGAAAAGAAAAGGGGUUCAAUUUCUAGGAUAGAUAGAGAUAAGCUGACUUCUAAGAUUAGUCAGCCUAGAGAUGGGGAUUCAGAUGAUGCCAAUAUUUCUCUGAAGCGGAAAUCCCGGGAAGUGGAAGGUCGUGAUUCUUCCAUGAAAAUAAGCUUGGAAAGUGAAAAAACCCCAAAGGGGAAGGCUGUUGCACCGGGCAAGGGCGUGAAGCGUGGCAGUGGCACAGAAAAGCAGAAAUUGCGUGAAAAUAUAAGGAACAUGCUCCUGUCUGCAGGGUGGGAGAUAGAUUAUAAACCUAGAAGGAAUAGAGACUACCUGGAUGCAGUUUAUGUUAGCCCUUCAGGGACCUCUUACUGGUCUAUAAUCAAGGCUUAUGAUGCUCUUCAAAAGCAACUUGAUAAUGAGACUGGCGUGAAUGGAGGAGAUCGGUCGGCAUUUAAAGUAUCUGAUGAGAUCCUCAGUCAGUUAACGAGGAAAACCCAAAAGAAAAUGGAGAAAGAACUGAAGAAGAAGCAAAGAGAGGGUACUGAGAGUGAGAAUACCGGAGAAGUUGCUAGGAAGAAAACUUCUUAUACAAAGGAGGAAGCAGAGAGCACUGAAAGUGAUAGCGCAGAAGAAAAACUGAGCUCCUUCAUGAAGCAGGGGACGAAAUCGUUGAAGGGCAAGACCAAUGACAGUGGUUCAACGGGGUCACAGAAGAAAUCGGCGAAAGUGUCCUCUGCUAAUGUAUCUCUGCAUGGAAGGAAGAACAGAAAAUUGGGUAGAUGUACUUUACUGAUACGCAGUUCUGACAAGGGGUCGAAUUCAGAAAGUGAUGGCUUUGUCCCAUACACAGGAAAGAGAACUCUCCUUUCCUGGCUAAUUGAUUCUGGGUUGGUUGAGUUAAGCCAAAAAGUGCAGUAUAUGAAUCGAAGGAAAACUCGGGUGCUGCUGGAAGGGUGGAUGACGAGGGAUGGUAUUCACUGUGGUUGUUGCAGUAAGAUCCUCACUGUCUCGAAGUUUGAGAUCCAUGCUGGUAGCAAACUGAGACAGCCAUUUCAAAAUAUAUAUCUAGAAUCUGGUGCUUCACUCUUACAGUGCCAGAUAGAUGCAUGGAAUAGACAAGAAGAGUCUGACCGUGAGGGUUUCCACAGUGUAGACGUUGAUGGUGAUGAUCCGAAUGAUGAUACUUGUGGCCUCUGUGGAGAUGGCGGAGAUUUGAUAUGUUGUGAUGGCUGCCCUUCAACUUUUCACCAGAGCUGCUUAAAUAUUCAGAUGCUUCCCCAGGGAGAUUGGCACUGUCCUAACUGCACGUGCAGAUUCUGUGGAUCAGCUGGUGAACAUGUUUCCGAGAACCAUUCCUUGAGUGCCAGUGAACUUCUCACUUGUAACCUCUGCGAGAGAAGAUUUCACAAAUCCUGUAUCGAGGAUAUUGAUGUGAUUGCUUCUGACUCUGCAACAUUGAAUCCUUCAUUUUGCAGUCAGAAAUGCUGGGAGCUAUUUGAACAUCUGCAGAAGUACCUUGGGGCUAAACAGGAAUUAGAGGGAGGAUUUUCUUGGUCCCUUAUUCGCAGGACCGAUCCAGAAUCGGAUUUUUCUAUGCGAGGGCUUCCUCAAAGGGUGGAAUGCAAUUCUAAGCUUGCUGUUGCACUCAGUAUCAUGGACGAGUGUUUCUUGCCUAUUGUUGACCGGAGGACUGGAAUAAACAUGAUACACAAUGUUCUCUAUAACUGCGGAUCAAACUUUAGCCGGAUUAACUAUGGUGGAUUUUACACCGUGGUCUUGGAGAGGGGUGACGAGAUAAUCUCUGCUGCAUCUCUCAGGUUUCACGGGACUCAGUUGGCAGAGAUGCCCUUCAUUGGGACCCGUCAUAUUUAUAGGCGUCAAGGGAUGUGUCGUCGUCUCUUCUCAGCCAUUGAAACUGCGCUCCGGUCCCUCAAAAUUGAGAAGCUUGUUAUUCCCGCUAUUUCUGAACUUAUGCAUACGUGGACUGUUGUUUUCGGCUUUACUCCCGCUGUAGAGUCCCUGAAGCAGGAAAUGAGGUCCUUGAAUAUGCUGGUAUUCCCUGGUCUAGAUAUGUUGCAGAAACAUCUUCUUGAGCAAGAAACUGCUUGGAGCAAGGGAACUGCAGCUUCUUUUUCAGGUGCAGCAGCUAUGGAACUCGAGGAAGGCAAGAAAAUUGCUACCAACCCUCUCACCUCAGAUAAAUCUGAUGGUGAUUUGUCAUCUGAACAAGUUCUAGAGAUGGGUGGCAAAGUAGAAGAGAUGGAUAGUGAUCCUAACUCUCAGGGUGGUUCCUCAAAUGACACUGAUGUUGUGAAUAGUUCAGAUGAUGCCAUAGUUCAUCUCUCCUUUGAGUUGGCUGUUAAGUCUGCGGAAUCUCAACUUGAACAAACUGUGGAUGCGCCAUCUGAUUCUGAUUGUGGUUCGCAGGACAUGGAAGAGAAAUAUAUCUUGAACCCACCUGGUCAAGAUAGUGCUAAGCCUAUUGAGAGUGGUGACAUGAAUGAUUCAUGUGAUAUGAAGGUCGAAGUUUCUUUUGAUGAAUCUAAGCUUACUCUGGAAGGAAGGUCCCUGGAGAAAUUAAAGGAGGUUGCUAAAACAAAUGAUGCUCAGAUCCCCGUCAAGUGCAUGUCUCCAUCAGAUGUGAGUAGGACUGCACCAGAGAUGGAAGAGAAACCAGUGCAGGCUCCAAAAGAGGAGGAAACAACAGAAGAGAUGGAUGUGAACUCGGAAGAUGUUUCUGCGAGUCUUCCAAGCAACAGUGCAGAGCCUAUGCCAGUUAAUUCUGAUUCAAACUGCCAGGUUAGUGGUGAUGGUGAAAGCGAAUCAGAGGUGCCUGCUGAUGGUGGGGCCUGUUCUCCACAAGAUGUGGAAGUAGGGAUUAAGUCAGUUUCAUCUUCUGAAUUUGAUGACAGUUGGCCAUCUUCAACAGGGAGUGCGAGGGAUGAUGCAAAUAAGGUAAAUUAAGCAUUUGUAGAGCCUUCUUUCUCAUCAUCUUCGCACGAAGCAGAUGACAUUCUUUGAGGUAUUGAGCAGAUUUUCUCGAUGCUUCUGUCCCAUUGACCUUGUGAGUUUGAGAGAUGAUGCAGUGGUCGACAUUGAAAAGCCAUCAAUUUAUGAGACAGGAGCAGGCUUGCUAUUGUUGACUUUACAGCUGACUUUGACACUGAGUCUUGACUUCCUCCUGUGGAUUGAGGGUGCAGCCGGUUGUUUACUUGAGGAUGUCUUUUAUGAAGUAAAUAACAAGGAUAGGAUUCACCAAAGCUUCGAUAUAUAGAGUGAGAGCUGAAACCCCGGACUGUAAAUAUUACUCUGGUGCUGAACGCAGUGAACAUACUCGAUCGGUGUUAGUGGUAUCUCAGGUGGCAGUAUCCCUCAACUGAACAGAAAGAUGGGCUUCAUUUCGUAAUACCCCUAUUGCGAUUGCCUUCUUUCCCAUUGUUGCUUGAAAUUCAAAAGGCUGCCAACCAUCUUCCGUGGAGAGAGCUCGGGAUGUUCUGGGCGGCUUCUUGCCCAUACCCAUGUUGAUGGCUGAUCUCAGACUUUGCUUGGAGUGGAUGAUCCAGGAGCAAGCUUCGAACCGAGUUUUGUUCUAGAAAGUUCCAAAGCAAGAACUAGGUUUCCUCGUCCCUUCAAGUCUUCGGAGAGGGUCUAUGCGUGUACCUCAUUUGCGGUAGAAAACAGUCGAUUUUUGCUCCUAUGAGCACCCCAUUUUCAUAAUUUUCGUUGUUCUCUCAAGUGGAUGUCCUGCUGAGUAGUUUCGUGUUAUCUGAGGAUUUUAGUUGUUAUCGCGGUAUUGCAGGGAUGAGUAAUAUAAGUCCUGACAGAUUAAUGGAUGUCUUCUCUUGUUGAUGCCUACUGAUACUUCAUAUGAAUAGAAACCUCAUUUUCUACGAA